AUGGGCCGGAAGGUGACUGUGGCCACCUGCGCGCUCAACCAGUGGGCGUUGGACUUCGAGGGCAAUUUGCAAAGGAUUCUAAAAAGUAUUGAAAUUGCCAAAAAUAGAGGAGCAAGGUACAGGCUUGGACCAGAACUGGAAAUAUGUGGCUAUGGAUGCUGGGAUCACUAUUACGAGUCCGACACACUCUUGCAUUCGUUUCAAGUCUUGGCGGCCCUUUUGGAAUCUUCAGUCACUCAGGAUAUCAUCUGUGAUGUGGGCAUGCCCGUGAUGCAUCGGAAUGUCCGCUACAACUGCAGGGUGAUCUUUCUGAACAGGAAGAUCCUGCUCAUCCGCCCCAAAAUGGCCUUGGCGAAUGAAGGCAAUUACCAGGAGCUACGCUGGUUCAGCCCGUGGUCCAGGAGCCGACAAGUGGAAGAGUAUUUCCUCCCCCGGAUGCUCCAGGACCUGACAAAGCAGAAGACUGUCCCUUUUGGGGAUGCUGUGCUGGCCACAAGGGACACCUGCAUCGGCAGCGAGAUCUGCGAGGAGCUCUGGACACCCCGCAGCCCGCACAUCGACAUGGGCCUGGACGGUGUGGAAAUCUUUACCAACGCCUCGGGCAGCCACCACGUGCUACGCAAAGCCCACGCCAGGGUGGACCUGGUCACCAUGGCCACCACCAAGAACGGUGGCAUCUACCUGCUGGCCAACCAGAAGGGCUGUGACGGGGACCGUCUGUACUUUGAUGGCUGUACCACCAUCGCCAUGAAUGGCAGCAUCUUUGCGCAGGGCGCGCAGUUCUCCCUGAACGAUGUGGAAGUCCUCACGGCCACGUUGGACUUGGAGGAUGUCCGGAGCUACAGGGCAGAGAUCUCCUCGCGAAGCCUGGCAGCCAGCCGGGUGGACCCCUACCCCCGAGUGAAGGUGGACUUUGCCCUCUCCCACCACAAUGACCUGCUGCUGCCGCUCUCGGAACCCAUCGAGUGGACGUACCACAGCCCUGCCGAGGAGAUAAGCCUUGGACCCGCGUGCUGGCUCUGGGAUUUCUUGAGACGUAGCCAACAGGGGGGAUUCUUCCUGCCCCUGAGCGGUGGGCUGGACAGCGCGGCUAGCGCCUGCAUCGUCUUCUCCAUGUGCUGCCAGGUCUGCGAGGCUGUCCGGAGUGGAAAUCAGCAAGUUCUGGCUGACGUCCGGACCAUCCUGAACGACGUCAACUACAGCCCCCAGGACCCCCGAGACCUCUGUGGACGGCUGCUGACCACCUGCUACAUGGCCAGUGAGAAUUCCUCCCAGGAGACGUGUGAGAGGGCCAGGGAGCUGGCCCAGCAGAUUGGGAGCCACCACAUGGGCCUCAGCAUAGAGCCGGCUGUGAAGGCCAUCGUGGGCAUCUUCAGCCUGCUGACGGGGCAGCGCCCUCAGUUUGCGGUGCACGGAGGCAGCAGCAGGGAGAACCUGGCUCUGCAAAACGUACAGGCUCGAAUCAGAAUGGUGCUUGCCUACCUGUUUGCCCAGCUGAGCCUCUGGUCCCGGGGCUUCCCCGGGAGUCUCCUGGUGCUUGGAUCUGCCAACGUGGAUGAGAGCCUCCUGGGCUACCUGACCAAGUAUGACUGUUCCAGUGCAGACAUCAAUCCAAUUGGUGGCAUCAGCAAGAUGGACCUGCGAGCUUUCGUGCAGUUGUGUGUGGAGCGCUUCCAGCUGCCCGCCCUGUGUAGCAUCCUCGAUGCCCCGGCCACCGCAGAGUUGGAACCCUUGGCUGACGGACAGGUGUUCCAGACAGACGAGGAAGACAUGGGAAUGACCUAUGUGGAGCUCUCUGUUUAUGGAAGGCUCCGGAAGAUAGCCAAGAUGGGGCCCUACAGUAUGUUCUGUAAACUCGUCAACAUGUGGAAAGAGCUGUACAGCCCACGACAGGUUGCUGACAAGGUGAAGCAGUUUUUCAGCAAGUACUCAGCAAACAGACACAAAAUGACCACACUCACCCCUGCCUACCAUGCUGAGAGCUACAGCCCCGAUGACAACAGGUUUGACCUGAGACCGUUUCUGUACCGUACGAGCUGGCCAUGGCAAUUCCACUGCAUUGAGACGGAGGUCCGACAGCUUGAGGGGAAUAAGCAGCAGGACCUGGACGGCGUGGACUGA